AUGUUUCCCACCUUCAUCGGGAUUCUAGACAUUCAAUCGUGGUGGGAGGUGCCAAGUAUAGCACACUUUUGCUCAUUAUUUAGAGCUGCCUUCAAUCUUCUGGAUUUUGAUAUUGAGGAUUUGGAAGAAGCUUUGUUAACGGACGGAGGUACCGAGGGACGACUGCUUCAGGAACUGAUAGUAAAGUUACUGGAGGGUUGCUUACCAAAUGACACUCGCAAUGACAUCUCCACGUUUAAUUAUCAGAUGUUCUUGCGUAGACUUUUCCGGAAAAAAUGUCAAGAAUACAAAUGCGAAAAUCCUUUUAAUACAGACGUAGACUUUGAAUUGUUACCGCUUCGUCAGAAAGUAGAGAUACUACGUGCGCUCUGUGACUUCAGGCUUGACGCCGAAGACGUAGAGCAAUCAUUGAGCAACUUGGACUCGGAUAGUCUGCGAGUCGAACCUUUGGGACAUGAUCGUAAGAAUUCUGCCUACUGGUACUUCUACGGCACUCGACUGUACCGGGAGGAUUACAUUGAUACUUCUAACAGUGCCUCACACAAGCAGAAAAGUAAGCCGAGGGACAGAAAGCGUAAGAAACGACGGAACAGAGUGGCAAAGGAGGAACAGGAAGAGGAAGAGAAGGAGGAAGCUAGUUUAAUAAACAGCGGCAACAACGGACGAGAGAGCGUUUGGCAAGUGGUUUGUUUUACCCAGCAGGAUUGGAGCAGACUGGUUGAAAAAUUUCGUGAUUCGGAAUACGACACCGAACGCAAACUUUAUCGCACGUUGUCCGAGGACUUUAUGCCGGAAAUACCGAAAUUGUUCGAUUUAAAGGAGAAGCAGCAACGACGUAAGCUGUUACAACGUAAUAGCUCGCGAGUGCUUCGUAGCCAGGAACCUGCUACACAGAUGGAUGCAGUCAUGGUCAAAUCCAAGAUCAGGACUAAAACGACCAAAGGGAGUAAAAAAGGGACGCAAGCUUCGAAAUCUUACGUUAAGGAAGAGACCACCCCGCCGUUACCGACUCCGCCGGUUCAGAAAAAAGGACGGCAAACGAACAAUUCCCUGGCCUCGGCUGUCGGCCAGAUUGUAAUUCAUACUAGGGACGAAGUCGAGGACUUGGAGAAGAAGAAGGGUAUCGGUAAUCACGGCGAUGGUAAUUACGUAUCUCAUAACUAUGGCUACAAAUAUGGCUACUCGUUUGGCAUCGAGGAGGAGGAGCGUUGUGUCGGCAUGCACAAAGUUCUCGAAAGCGUCAAAGAUCACGUGGAUGCCUGGCCGUUUAUUGAGCCCGUGGACGAGGAUUAUGCACCGAGGUACUACAGUGUGGUACGCAGGCCAAUGGAUCUCAAAACUAUGGAAGAAAAACUGGAAAAUGGCUCGUAUAAGAAUUUAAACCAGUUUAAACGCGACUUUAGGCUCAUUGUUGACAAUUGUAGGCAGUACAAUGGAUCGGAUAACGAAUACACGGAUAUGGCGAUUAAUCUUAAGGACGCCUUUGACAAAGCCGUAAGUCGGUAUUUAGAAUCGGAGACGUCCAGUGACGAGGAUGUCACGUCUCCUCAGUCAUUGGCCGGAUCACCUACAUCUGUAUCGUGCCCUUCACGUCAUUUAUCUUCUUCGCACCACAACGCACGUAAACGUUCGAAAAAAUCGACCAAAAAGUCCAAAUCGUAUAAACCUGAAAGUAAAACGAAGUCUAAGAGUAAUGAGAAGGUGGACGAGGAUGAAAAGAGGGGCAAAAGUAUUAAAGUUGCGAAGAAGAAAAGAGGAAAGAAAAAAGGUAGAAAGGUGAAAGAGGAAGAGUCGGACGAGGAUGAGGAGGAACAGGAGGACCAGGAAAGCGAGGAUGCAAUAUCCGAGACUAGCAUCGCAAAGAGAAGAAAAAACGUUGAUGUAAAUAGUUUACUUAAAACCAAAAAGCUACCUAAGGAAACGGAAGAAUUAAAAACGUCGAAUAAAAAAGCGAGCAGAGAGCGACAUCAAUCGAAAAAGGACUCGGAAAUUGUGCGAUCUGCCAAAGAGAUGAAAGAAAAUAAAAAGCGGAAGGAGGAUUUUGAGGAAGAUUACGAACCUCCAGUAAUUGCGAAGAGUAAAAGUAGAAAAAUCGAGAAGAAGGAACUUGAGGAAACUGCGAUAUUGACCGACAACACGAAGAAGAGCAAAUUAAAGAAGAUCGAAGUGGAAGAAAGUGAGACAGUAUUUGAGGAAGACAAAAAACAAUCUUCCCAUGUCAAAACGAAAAAGAAUCGUAAGAAAGAAAAGGCGAAUUUAAAGACUGUGGCCAAGUCGGAUGAAAAAUCCGACAAGAGUCAUAUAAAGCAAAAAAAUAAGAAAUCAAAACAGAAGAACGAAGAAUUGAAAAAUGGAGAACUGAAAAGUCAAACAGAUUCCAAAGAUGUAGAAUUAGAAAGUGCUUUAGAUUCCAAACAUACUCACAUCUCCAAGAAACUCUCCACAUUAAUUGGUAAUAAAGAUGUAGACUCGCUUGAUAGUUUAAAAGAUAAGAUAAGCGAUAGAAGACGGGAGGAAAAAUUGAAAAAUGAAAAGGAAAAGAGGAAAGCGGCGAAAAGUGACACUCACGGUGUCUAUUCAAAAAAAGUGCCUUCAAACAGUAGUACUUUCCAUGACAAUGACAAAGACGGUGCAAAGCGGUCAAAGUCGAAGAAAAGUACGAAGGAAGAUAAAAGUGCGGAUGACGCGAUUAAGAAACAUGAUUCGGAAAUCGCUGAAAAUAAGAAAAGCACGCAUGCUAAACAUACCAAAGGAGCAGAAGAAAAACUCGCAACAAUUCAAGCAUUGAAUCAAGCGACGGAGAAAACGCUUCAUGACAUUAACAAGUGGCUUGACGAUGCGCCCAGAUUCUCGGGGUUCUCCUCUGGAAGCGACUCGCCAGUGCUUCACACCUCUUCCGUCGAGUCCAGUCGACCGGGAUCUAAGGUCGAGGCUGCGCGAAAGAGACCGAGCUCCAUCAAAAUGUUUGGUCCUCACGGGCCAAGUCGACCGAAGAAGAUACAGCGCACGAUCGAUCGUUUGCAGCCCGGUAAAAGCAAGGGAAAUUUACUUCUGAAGAAACCGCUUAAUGUGCCCAGCGCCAAUGCCAACGAUGCCGCGAGUUCUACGAGUGAUAACGAUCAAUCGAAUAAGGAUAAUGACGAAGAGCCGAAGCUCAGUUUGGGUACCGUGCUGAAAAACGUGGAUUCCAUUCAAUUGAUCUGCAAGAGUUUGGUAUCGUCACCUAAUCCCAACUUGUCGAACGACGACGAGGAAGAGGACCACUCUCUCACCACGGCUCAAGCGUCUAAUGUCAAAGAGGAGAAGACGAGUGUUAAAAAAGCUGCGAAGACGUCGGUAGAGGAGAAAGAGGUGGCACGAUCUGGUACGGAAGAAACGCAGAAACCAAAAUCCGCGACGCCAAAUUUGAGUGCCUGGAUCAAAGCCUUCGGAGCGCCAAAAUCAAAAAAGAAGGACGAGGAAGCGGAAGAGGCGGCGAUGAUAAAAAAGGACGGGGAUUCGCAGGAGGCGUUUUGCGGCAGGCAACGACGGCUGAGCACCGGUGGCAGCAGCGUCAGCGAAUCGGUGUCCAGUUUCUCUCAGGAAUCCCCGCCGGCGCCACGCGCGACGCUUUCCCCGCAGUGCCAGCCCGUGAUAACGCCGACCGAGCCGAUAAGGGGCGCGGGAUUUUAUCAGGACGCGCUAUCGACCGGGAGCAGUCCGUACAACAGUCCGUAUUACGCGACCCCACCGAGAUACAGCGCGCAGUUGCCGCCCACUCCGUCGCCGCAGAGCCAUCCGUUGUCCCCGGCCUAUCCGUCAUCCUACGAGCAACCACCGCCCGUCUAUCCCCAGGUACACGCGCAGCCGCCGUAUCAGUCACCCUAUCAGAAAUCCUCGCCUCAAGACACCACCAACGAGGCGUAUCCACAAAUGUCUCCGCAACGUUUCCCGCAACAGUUGCCAGCCGGCAAUCAGAAUCAGUCACCGGUCUAUCCUCAGCACUCCCCGCAAGCGAUGCAGCCGGUUUACUCUCAACCGUCGCCUCAGACACCGCCGUCGAAUUACUCGCAACCCUCGCCGCAACAGCCGUCUACCCCGAAUUACUCGCAGCCGUCUCCGCAACAGAACGCGGUAGCCAAUUACUCUCAGCCCUCUCCCCAGGCGGUCGUCAAUUAUCCGCAAGCUUCUCCGCAGCAGCAGCAGCAGCAGCAACACUCCCCCUACUCACAGUCCUCUCCUCAAACGCCGCCGAAUUACUCGCAACCGUCUCCGCAGCAGCACUCUCCGUACGCGCAGCACACCUCGCCUCAGCAACCCGCCGGGUACGGUCGUUUGUCGCCGCAACCACCACCCGCGAAUUACUCUCAGCCCUCGCCCCAGCCGCCCAACGUGUACGUGCAGCCGUCUCCUCAGCCGCCGAGUUUCUCCCCGCAGACAUCGCCGCAGACGCAUCCCGCCAACUAUUCGCAGUCAUCGCCGCAACCUCCGACCUCGUAUCCGACUCCGCAACACGAUCGGGCUUACUCGCAGUCGUCGCAUCAACAAAUUCAGACUUUCCCCCAGCACUCGCCGCAAGCGUCGUCCCCGUUCUCCGAGCCGUCGCCGCAGAACAGCCCGUACUCUCAAACGUCGCCGCAACCGCUGACCAACUAUCCGCAGUCGUCUCCUCAGCAGCAACCGGCAACGUAUUCGCAUCCGCUACACUCGCCGCAGACACCGCCAAAUUACUCGCAGCUUUCGCCGCAGCAGACAUCCGGGACGGCAACGGGGACGGCAACGGCCGCGGCGGCGGCGGUGAAUUACUCGCAACCGUCGCCCCAACAGUCUCGCAAUUAUCCGCAAUCCUCGCCUCAGCAAAAGCCCCCGUGCACUCCUGCGCAGCCACCUCAACAGUCACCUAGUUAUCCGCAAUCUUCUCCACAACAGUCGACCGCCAAUUACUCUCAGCUUCAGUCGUCGAAGAACUCGGAGGAGUACGCCGCUCAAGCCGCGGCGCCGUCUGCGAGUUAUCCCCAGGACUUCAAGCAGAAUCCUUCGUACAUUCAGCAGUCACCUACGAUAUCGUCGUCCGUGAGCGAAGCUGAACACCGGACGGAAUAUCUGAAGUCUAACGCCACCGAGAAACCCACGACGGGCGAGCAGCAGCAGAGAAAUUUUCCCGUUCAAUCGGAAUCACUGAAUCUGAACGCGAAUCAUCAGGUCUAUCAGUCACCGAGUCAGUAUCCGCCAGCGUAUCCGAACAGUUUUCCCAAUGUCGAGCUUCAGAGGUCCGUUACGAGACACGGCGGCCAGCAGCAGACGCAGCAGCAGCAGCAACAGCCGCAAUCGGCACCGCAGGAGUCACGAGCCGGUUUCACCGAGAUCCAGCGCGGCUUCCUCGGCAAAGCACCGUCCGGCAGCGGCGAUCAAUUACCCGCGCCUGCAGAUCAGACGCAGUUGUUGGCAUUCCAGCAGAACUUGACGACAGCCCACGAGCCGCUCUAUCCGAGCGGCUUCCAGCCGUCCGGCUAUCCGCUACCGCCACCGAACUCGAGGCCGGUAUAUCCUAGUCCGCAUUAUUUCGACGCUAGCUCCAAGUCCGCCGGCGGUGGCGGCAGCGGUGCGUCUGGCAGUCCCUCGAGCAAUCCUCCUCCGAUGAAGAAACGCGCGUACGAGCCGCCUUCCAGCGAGUCCAGCGCGCGCGGUCUGCCGCAGGAGAGCGCGGUGACGCGUGCGAGUCAGGAGCAGUUUCCGAGUUUCGAGCCGAUGAUGGCCCUGUCGCAAUCGGAGGCCGUGUCGGUCAGUCAGUACGACGGCACGCCGUUCGUGGGUGGCCUGACCGACUCUAUGGCGACCAAUUCGGCAUACGCGCGGCUCAGCCUCGGUCUGGUGGGCCGGACGGCGGGUAAGGAGCAGCAGCAACUACUGACGAUCCCGCGACCGCCGCCUGGGACGAAACCGGAGCAUCUCGCCGCUUACGGCCGCGGCGCCGCGCCCAGUCCCGCCGAGCUCGAGCAGCUGAAUCUGUUGAGCUUGCAGCAGGCGGCCAAGAACAGCCAGGGCAUCCUCGCGAUAUCGCGACGGGAGAGUGACGUGCGAGCGACGCCCGUCGCCGCGAUGACGCCCGCCGCGACGCCGUCCAAAACGAAGAGGAGCCGGAAGAGCAAGCAUCCGCAGCAGCAGGAACAACCGAGCGCGGCAGUCACGGCGACGGCCGUGACGACGGCCGCCGUCGUCGCGGCAGCCGCCGAUCAGCAGCAAGCGCCCGGAAUGCCCGCUUUCCCGCAGUACGUGACCGCAUCCGCUGCGACCGCGGCCGAGUCCAUCGGCGCCCUGAAGACAGCCGGGGUGGCGGUACCGCCGCCCGCGGGUAGUGCCUUCAACUUUGCCGCUUCCGCCAGCGGUGCGACCGCCGGGCACGCGCCGCCAUUCCCCUACGACAAGGACGCUACCGCGGCGGCCGCGUUCGCCUUCCUCACCGACGAGUUUCGCAAUCCGGGCAGUUACUACAACAUGGCCCUGCGACAGCAGCAGCAGCAACAGCAGCAGCAGCAGCAACCGCAACCGCAGCCGCCGAUGGUACCGCCGACGGUGAGCAACCCCUCGGGCCAGCCGACCGCCUGCAACAAACUCAGCAAUCAGCCAUCGCCGAGGAACUAUCCGCCGCCUCACUCGUUCCUCCACUCGGCCGCUGCUGCCGCCGCCGCCCAGAGAUCGGCGGCGGCGGCGGCGUACGGCCCGCCGGUCUCCGCCUACGUGACGUCGCACGGGCCCAAUCUGACAGUGGACCAGGCCGCCUAUCAGCAGUACCUCCAUUCGCUCUACGCCCUCCAGCCACCACCGCAUCAUCACCGAUCCUGGCUUUAGCCACUAAGAUCGCUGCAAGAUCGGUCCGUGAUUCGAUGAUGACAGAUUAAUCUUCUAUCGGAUCUCGAAACGUAUCGCGACGAAGGACGAUCAUUUGAGAUCUAAAGGAAUACCAAAUAUUAAAGCGAAAGUCUCUUGGCGAGCGCGCGAGAGAGCAGCAUGCCCUUAUCAUUUUUUUUUAUUUUUUAUUAAUUCACAAGGGACAUCCUCCUCGCGACUUGUCUUUUCUAUUGUUUUUUACGUAAACUGACGUAUCCGUGAGGCUCUCUACGGAAAUUAGGUGAACCCAUUUGUAGAUUUCUUUGACCGCAGCUUCCUUUUUACGAGCGACCAUCGCGCAAUUCGGAAACUAACUUUGACACUUUUACACCGUUCGUCGGGAAGGCGGGGAAGCCUAACUUCAAAACAUGUAUAUAAAGGACAAGUCUACAUAGGAAUUUUUGAUAGUUUUCUAAAACGAGAUUAUAACCGGCAGGUUCAAUAGCUCUUAAGUCGAGAUCGCUAGCGCCGAGAGUCCGCAAAGAGUCGUCUAUCAAAAGUUCCUCCGUGUGCAACGUCGGGCGAAACCAUAUCCGCGGAUAAAAUCGACCAUACCUGCGGUAUGCAAUACAUUAUAUAGUUGCGUCUAUACUGUAUACAUAUACAGGGUAUCCCGAAAUUCGCGAAUCAAAAUAUAGCGAGAAAAAUCAAGCAAAAGAGUUAUUUGUAAAUUUUUAUUUUAAGCAGUUUUGAGAUAUAAGAGUUUAAAUUCAUGAAUCAAAAUGUAGCAAGAAAGUCUUCGAAAAAUUAAGCAAAAAAGUUAUUUGUACAUUUUUAUUUUAAGCAGUAGCAGUAUAAAUUUAGCCCAUUAUAGAUUACGAUUAAACGGAAACAUGUCCGUGAACGCGUCGAUAGUGUUAGUGAUCGCGCAUGUCACGCGAUGCACUAAUCUAUAAUUGACUGAAUUUAAACUAUUAUAUCUCAAAAAUUACUGCUCAAAAUAAAAAUUUACAAGUAACUUUUUCACUUAAUUUUUCAGAGACUUUCCUGCUACAUAUUUCGAUUCGCGAAUUUCGGAACACCCUGUAUACAUCGAUGUAGAUACAGGAUGUAUUAUACAUACAUUGUAUAUUUAAUGUAUCAUUGUCAUGUGCAGCGUUACUCGAGAAUGUGUUUUCGCCUGACGCUUACCUCCGCGUCGACAAGUGUACGCGCGAACGAAUUUUGCACGUGCUCUCCUUGUCGGUAUGUAUAUCUUUGCGCGCGUGCGUGCUAUGCGUCGGGACACGGAAUUAUGCAAUAUUCAAUUUUUGCGGUUUUUUUUUGUUUGUUAAUCAGCUGGUCGACGGGCGUCCUUCCUCUCUGUAGCUCCGCCGUUCGGGGAGGUCCGUGUAACUCGCCGAGUGUAAUUCGUCUAAGCCGUCGAAAAAGCGGCUUUCCGUUUUGAUCUUACCCGUUUGGUUCGACAGCGAAUUGAAAUUGUCGAGCUCAUAGAUGGGACUCUCCCGCGAGGAGGAGGAAGCCGGAAGAGAAUUUUCUGUGUAUAAUAAUUAUCGGGAGCGCGCUCCGUUGCUGGUGUACGUUAUGUAGAUUGCCUAGCGUCGUAAGAUAUAGCACGUAAGGGAGAAUUAGGCUUUCUUUGUAUAUAUAAAACACAUAUCUCGCGUAGAGGACGAUGUGCUCGAUCUUGAAGGGAUCUCGACCGUAACGAGGGAUCUGUGCAAAGAUCCCCCACCCCCCCGGAAAGGGGAUCGGUCGCGAGAGAGACGCGAUGCUGAAUCUCGCGAUGUGGAAAAGAGAGACGUGUCUUUUCUGGGUUUUUUUUUUCUUUGUUGGAAAAGGCGCAUAUUAAUUAGGUAUAACGAGAGAUCGGCAGAAAAUAUAUGUGUAUAAGCAUGUGCGGUAAAAAAAAAAGCAAAAGACGAAAUAUACCGUAACACGCCGCUAUCGUCGUACGCCCAUUAACUCAUCUUUAUCGUUGAGCUGAGUAUCGUCGGGGGAGUAGAAGCGGUAUUGAAACUUAUAAAUAUAUACAUAUAUAUUGUAAAUGUAUAUUGUAAAUGUAUCUAUGACAAAUUAAAGCGCAGUUUGUUACAAAAUCGCGAGGUUUUGCACUGUGAUAGCAGCUAUCUCCCGGUAUGUAUAUUGAGUCUCCUCCCUUCUACACAGGGCGAUUCAUUUAAAAUGCUCGUUAAGUGCCUUGUAAAUCGAAAUUUUUUUUUCUCCAUUACCUGCGCCGUUAUUUUACUAUUUUGUUAUUUGCAGAAGCACGACUGCACAUAUUCAAUAUUUUCUUUGUAUCAAAAAUGAAUGUUUAAUUGUUAUUUUUUUUUACGUUAUUUUAGGAGCAAAAAAAACUGUACCAAACGCAAUUAAAGAGAACAGGAAUUCUUUUUCUUCAUUA